AUGCUCGUAGCAUUACCCAGCCGGCGCCUGGGUGCCGCCAUACUACUGGCAUUCCUUGUCAUAUUCAGCUUGACGCUGCUUUCUCCCAGAGAAAAGCUUCACAACUUCUUACAGCAGAAACUCGAACUCGAAAGCAAGCCCGAACCCCCGUCAUCGCCAACUCCACCGCACCCAAAGUACAAACCGACGCCGACCUAUACUCCGCCCCCGGUCAAGGAUAACUUCCCCUUACUGGCGACUUCAACGCCUCCACCAAUCCCGGAAUGGAACAGGCCACGCAAAGACGCCUACAAAGACUACAAUCUCCCCGUCCCGCCACCGCUCCUCAUCGGCUUCACACGCACAUGGCCCGUCCUUCUCCAGGCCGUCGUCAGCUACAUCACGGCCGGAUGGCCGCCAGAACAGAUAUACGUGGUUGAGAACACGGGCGUCCAGCAGGCGAACGCCCGCGGCCAGUUGUCGCUGCAGAACCCCCUUUAUCUGAACCACACCGUCCUCAAAACCCUCGGCGUCAACAUCGUCCAGACACCCACGCUCCUGAAUUUCGCCCAGAUGCAGAACUUCUUCCUUUCCCUCACCUACGCCAACAACUGGCCCUACUUCUUCUGGAGCCACAUGGACGUCCUCGCCCUGUCGUUCGAGGACGGCUUCGACGACCUUACGCCCCGGUACAACCAGCCGGGGUACAAGACGCUGUACGAGCUGGCCUUGACCACGCUGGCCGAGACGCGGUCCUCGGAUCCGCGCUGGGCGACGCGCUUCUUCGCCUACGACCACCUCGCCGCCGUCAACCCGGCCGCGUACGAGGACGUGGGCGGUUGGGACACGCUCAUCCCCUACUACAUGACCGACUGCGACAUGCACUCGCGCCUGCUCAUGCGCAACUGGACCAUGCGCGACGCUAAAGCGGGCAUCAUCACCGACGUCGCCUCCGCCCUCGAGGACCUGAGCGUCCUAUACCGAGUCGACGGCUUCGAGCCGGCCUUUGUCGACCCGAAUCCACCGCCACCACCACCACCACCCAACAACAGCAACAAGAACGAGCGCGACCUCCAAACGACGGCGGCAAGCCAGCGGCGACGCAGCAGCGCACAAAACUGUCCGAAUCUGGCGCCCCGCGAUGACCCCAACCUGGCAAAGUGGCAUGCGCUGCGGAUAAUGUCCGACAAGAUGUUCCAGCACAAACACGGCGACCGAGACCGCAACACAUGGCAGCUCGGCCAGCGCGGUGGGCACGGCGAGCCCUUCUACUACCCAGCCGCCGGGCUGGCCGAGGGCAUCGACGUCCUGACCGAGGCCGGCAGGGAGGUGUACCGGCGCAAGUGGGGCCACCGCAACUGUGAUCUGAUCUCGGGCGCGGGGCUGUCUUUUGAGGACGCCUGGCUUGUCGAGAAGGACUGGGACUGA